UUGAUUCUUUUGUUGGUCAUAGUAAUUCGAUUUUGUAAAUUAUACAAUUUUAAAAUUUAUAAAUAUGAUGAAACGUAGUAUAAUUGAAUACUUUUCUGAACACGAUGGCUAUAAAUGUGGUUAUUGUAAAAAACCAAAUUCUAAUUAUAAUUACGGAAUGUGGGCUCACACAAUGACUGUGACGGAUUACCAAGAUUUAAUAGAUAGAGGAUGGAGGCGCUCUGGAAAAUAUUGCUAUAAACCAACCCUAGACAUCAUCUGUUGUCCGAUGUAUACCAUUCGAUGUAGAGCAUUAGAAUUCAAAUCAUCAAAAUCACAGAAAAAAAUAUUGAAAAGAUUUAACAAAUUCUUGAUGGGCCAAGACGAAAAUAAAACAAUGUCUAGGAGUAAGGAAGACAUGACUAUUGAUGAUGCUGAGGGUAGAGAACAGUUUGUAGAAACCACGAGAGCUCAUCAGGAGGGAAUAAUAACUGAUAUAGAUUUACCAUUUAUUGAAGAUGCAAGUGACCCAAGGAAUGAAGAAUUAGAAACAAUAUCCAUUCAAGAACCUCACUCAAGUAAAGUGGUUAACCAAGAAGAUAAAUCAACUUCACAAACAGACCCAGUUAAGGAUAAAUGUACAAAAAUAAAUCAAAACAAAGUGGCCGGUCCUGAUCCUACAAAAGGUCCAUGUAAAAAAGCUAAACAAGUCAGACGCCAGAGGAUGUUAGAAAAACUCAAAAAUAAAGGUGUUGACAUAAACAAUUUAGCUACUACCAGUAAAAAUAAGGAAAAACAGAUUGAAGAUUUUAUAAAUGAGUUGCCUAAUGAAGUUACAAGGAAAUUUGAGAUAAAGUUAGUUCGAACAUCACCACCCAGUGCAGAAUGGCUAGCAACAUCCAAAGAGACUCAUGAGGUUUAUGUUAAGUACCAGACAAUAAUUCAUGGCGAUAAACCUGAAAAAUGUACAGAAUCAAAAUUUAAAGACUUUUUAGUGAAUAGCCCAUUAUUGGAAGAGUAUUCAGAGAUUGGUCCUUAUUGUGGUUACGGAUCAUUUCAUCAACAAUACUGGUUGGAUGGAAAAAUUAUAGCAGUGGGAGUAUUGGAUAUAUUACCUAAGUGUGUUUCGUCUGUUUAUUUCUUUUAUGAUCCAGCAUAUAGAAACCUGACCUUGGGAACAUAUGGUGCCUUAAGAGAAAUAGCAUUCACUAGAUACUUACAUUCCACGUGUCCGUUUCUUCAAUACUACUACAUGGGUUUCUAUAUACACUCUUGCCGUAAGAUGAGAUAUAAGGGAAAUUUCUACCCAUCGGAUCUACUAUGUCCAGAGACAUACAAAUGGUUCCCCAUAAAGGACUGUUUGGAAAAACUGGAAAUUGUGCCAUAUACGAGAUUUGAUCCCGAUAUUGAUAGUGUAGACGAAAACUUUCCUAGUGAGAAUGAUAUUAAUUAUAUACAGGUGUUAUCAAGGGGAGAAGUUAUGCAUUACAAGUUGUAUAGGCGACGAGUUGGGAGGAGAGGUGAGAAUAUUGAAGAAAUGCAACAAUACGCAAAGCUAGUCGGCUCCAAAGUAGCUAAAAGCUUAGUAGUGGUCAGAUAAUAUCUUAAUCUUUAUAUAAACUAGAGAUAGACAUACUCGAGAUAGCAGUCUUUAAGUAUCAUCUAUCAACUAUACAGGUAUUUUCAAUCCAAUUCUAAUAAAUAUAGCCUAUUCCAAUGACUGAAGGAAAAUAUAAAUAAAUAUUUCAUUUAUAUUUAUGUGAUUUGCAGUUCUGCUAUAGUACGUACGAAACUGAAAUUGAAUAUAAUUCUAUUUAUAAUUCAACACUAUUACUCUUAACUGUAGCUGAUUCCUACCGAAGAAGGAG